UGUGGGACGCUUCCAGUACCAACACCAUUUCUGCUAAUGUCUUGCCCCCGCCCGAUCAGCUGAUUCUUCAUAAAACCCAAACCACAACUCCCUCCCCCAAACCUCAACCAGCUUGCCUUGAAGAAGCAGGGUCGAUUAGACCAUUUGAUGCACACACUAGUGCAAAAGGAGGGGAAGGGGCGUCUUUGCAGACAAAGCUGCCGAGUGAGCAAGUAGCUGCCUGCCAUGUCUGACGACGCUGAGAAGAACGAGGCUCCCCCAGAACAGGAGCAGCAAGGGAAGGAGGAGGAGAAGCAGGAACAGGGGAAGCCUCAGGAUCAUGCCCAGGAGAAGGAGGAGGAGCAGGAGCAGGAGCAGGAGGGGAAGCUGGAGGAGCAGCCCAAGCCGCAGUCCCCACCUAAGAGCCCCAAAGGCCCAGAGACCCCCGCAUCGCCUGUGAUGGUGACGGUGACCAUUGAGGAGGAGACGGUGGGGGAGCCGCAGGAGAAUGGGGACCCCCCGGGGAUUAGGGCUGGCUCAGUUGAGGAGAUAGGGAACACCCCGGCCCCACCCACUAGCCCCCCAGCCCGCUCCAAAUCGGCGUCGUUGAAUGAUCUGAAGCAUCACCACCACAGCGUCAAUGGCGGCCCAAGGGCUGUCGCGAGGGGCAGUUUGUCCGGGUCUCAGGUGCACUUAGCGGGAUCCGCGGGGUCUCCGCGGGCCAGCCUGAGCCGGCAGGCCUCUGCAACAGGAUCGGCAGCUGGUGAAGCUGGGGAGAAACCCAGAGACUACAUAUUCAUUGCUGCCCUCUCCUGUUUCUGCCCAAUCUGGCCUAUCAACAUUGUCGCCUUUGUGUAUUCUGUCAUGUCCCGGAACAGCUUCCAGCAAGGAGACAUUGACGGGGCCCGGCGCCUGGGACGGGUAGCGAAGCUGCUGAGUAUUGUCGCGUUGGUCGGGGGGGUGCUCAUCAUCGUGGCAUCUUGCGCCAUCAACUUCGGAGUGUUCCAGUGAAGGCGGCACUCAACUUGCCACUUCAUCCCUAGCACCGAAAGGUUCAUCUUUGGAGCUGGGAGCCAGCAUGAGUACAGAACAUCCAUCCCAUGUCCCCAUCCAUCUCUGAACCAUGCAAAAACAGGAGCACAAGAAUGGAGAUGAGAGAGAGAAAGAGAGAGGGACACGAGAGAGUGAAACUGAGAGAAACAACAUCUUUGCUAUGCUUGCAUGUGUCCCAUCCUUCUAGGGAUUUUAGCUAACCAAAAAUAAGGUGAAACAGGAAAAAAAGAAAACAAAAAUUAGAUGGGGAGAUAUUCUUAUCUCCUCUUUCCUCUCCGCCAUUUUCUCCCUCUCUCUGCACUCUCUCUCACUCUCCUUCCUUCCAUCCAUUCAGUCAUCUGUUCAACCAAUGACCCAUCCGCCCAUCUUCCAUCCACUGCCAAAUUUCGACAGCAAAUAAAACUCUUUCGAUAUUCCAUGUUUACAAGAACCUGCCGGAGAAAAGCUCUUUUUCCCCACCCCCCUGGGAAGGAGGUGGGGAGCAUGUUUACAUGUUUGCUGGGAACAAAUGAACAGAACCAGCAGCAGCAAAAGAGGAAACACUUCUUAGGUCUCUUGCUCUCAUCCGUCGUGUUUACAAAGACAGCAAGCAGGAACAAGCAGAGAAGAGCCCGCCAGAGCCCACCGAGCGUUUUGCAGGUGGGAGUUUGUAGUAGUGAGUUAACUGUUGCAUCAGAGGAGGCGUGCUAACAAGGAGGCCAAAGCUGCCUGGAAUUGGUGGCGCACACACACACACACACAGAGGCGUGGAGGUUGGCUUGUAUAACCGAAUCCAUCACCCAGCCACUCAACAGGAAAGAGAACGACAGUGAAAUUUAUGGUAUUGGCUGGAGAAAUGAAUAAAAUCAAUGUCAAGGGAAUACAGCUCUGAGCAAAAUAACAAAUGGGACCAGUGGAAGUCGGAGCGUAAAAGUGGAAAUUGUGGACGAGGCAAUGGAGGAGAAAGAAUGAGCCAAGGGCCUUGCAAAGAAGGGAACGGACCGGUAAGAGUGGUGGU